AUGUGUUCAGUGAAUGCUCCUAAAAACACAUCAGUGUCUGUGUUUCCAUCUAACUCUGUAUUGGAGGGCAGUUCAGUGACUUUGAUCUGCAGCAGUGAUGGAAAUCCAGCAGUGUUCAACUACACCUGGUACAGAGAGAAUGGAGGACAGCUGAAGGAGCUGCAGACUGGAUAUAAUCUCACCUUCAAUGUGACUGAUCGUACACACACAGGACGCUACUACUGCAAAGCCAAAAACCAAUAUGGCACCCAUAACACAUCAGGGUGGCUGGACAUUCAGUAUGCUCCUGAAAACACAUCAGUGUCUGUGUUUCCAUCUAAUCCUGUACUGGAUGGCAGUUCAGUGACUUUGAUCUGCAGCAGUGAUGGAAAUCCAGCAGUGCUCACCUGGUACAGAGAGAAUGGAGGACAGCUGCAGACUGGAUAUAAUCUCACCUUCAAUGUGACUGAUCGUACACACACAGGACGCUACUACUGUCAAGCCAAAAACCAAUAUGGGACCCAAAACGCAUCAGUGUUGCUGGACAUUCAGUAUGCUCCUGAAAACACAUCGGUGUCUGUGUUUCCAUCUUACUCUGUACUGGAGGGCAGUUCAGUGACUUUGAUCUGCCGCAGUGUUGGAAAUCCCACAGUGUUCAACUACACCUGGUACAGAGAGAAUGGAGGACAGCUGAAGGAGCUGCAGACUGGAUAUAAUCUCACCUUCAAUGUGACUGAUCGUACACACACAGGACGCUACUACUGUAAAGCCAAAAACCAACAUGGUACUCAAAACACAUCAGUGUUGUUGGACAUUCAGUAUGCUCCUAAAACCACAUCAGUGUCUGUGUUUCCAUCUAACGGUGUACUGGAGGGCAGUUCAGUGACUUUGAUCUGCAGCAGUGAUGGAAAUCCAGCAGUGUUCAACUACACCUGGUACAGAGAGAAUGGAGGACAGCUGGUGGAGCUGCAGACUGGAUAUAAUCUCACCUUCAAUGUGACUGAUCGUACACACACAGGACGCUACUACUGUCAAUCCAAAAACCAACAUGGUACCCAAAACACAUCAGUGUUGUUGGACAUUCAGUAUGCAACCAAAAUCUCUCUCUUCAGUUGUAACAGAACUGAUGUAACUGUUUGUUUGUGUGAGGCUCAUGGGAAUCCCUCUCCUAAAGUAAAGUGGCAUCUGUCUGGACGUCCUGUCAGUAACUCUACAAACACAUCCAUCAGUGAGGAGCGAUUGAGCAGCACAGACUUGAGGAGCUUCAUUUCUCUCCAUCAGUCACUUACACACACAGACACUCUGCAGUGUGUCAUCAUCAACACUCACAGCACCGCCAGUCAUCAGAUUCAAAUGCUUCACUAUUUUCAUGAGACAAGUAUCAGUGUUUCCUCUGUGCUGAUGGGAGCUGCUAUUGGAGCUUCAGUAAUGAUGAUCUUGUGGGUCAUUAAGAAUAUCUAUAAACGAAACAGCAGAUCCUCAAAGACAGGACAAGAAGAUACCACUGAACUUAAGCUCACUGACAGGGAGAAUGAAGAACCUGUUUAUGCCAAUAAAGCUCUGUUGUCACCUGAUGAAGAAACUUCAGUGAAUUGCCCAGACUCCCUUCAUUAUUCCUCCAUUGACUUCACAAACACCCAAACAGAGUCAGACGAGAUCAGGGGCGUCUCCUCACUUACUGAUGUCUAUGCUUCUGUCCAACAAGACCCUGACCCGCCGCCCAACAACAACAUCUCAACAGUGGAGACGGCAGACAGUAAAGCAAGUGAUCCAGAAUUGAAUAUCAGUACAGACACUGAGCAAGAUCAGGCAAAGAAAACUGAUUUGCAGUCAGAUGAAGUUUCUGAUAUUUAUGCUCAAGUAAAACGUGCCACCCAAAAAAUAAAAAAAUAAGCUACUUUUUAAAAUUUGGAAUUUUGUGCCAUGAUACAUUUAAAAUAGUCUCCAUUCAACAAGACUUUUAAAUGUUUUAAAUGUUUCAUGUUUUAUUAUGUUUGUCCUUAAGUGCAGCAAUUGUGAACAGUGUUAAACAAAACAAACAUCAACUGUGUAGGAUUGUUGUGCCAUUAACUUAUAAAGUACAGUAUUAAUCAUAGAUUAAAAUCAAUGUAGAAUAAUUUUAUGUUUUAUAAAAUAUUCUUUAUAUGUAUUUUUGUGUGUGUGUAUAAUAUUUUUAUGUAUUUUCGUAGUUGAUUUUUAUUUUUUAAUCUAUAAUUGUAGAGAUCCUCUAGCAUGUUAUAACCUUAAAUAAUGUAAUCAUAAACAUUUGUUAGUUUUAAAAAUAUAUCACCACAGGAAUAUACUGAUGUGAACAUCAAUAGGUUUAAAACACCCUUGGGUAAAACAACAAUCUCAAGAUUCAGAAAAACUUUGUAAACAAUGUUUAUUCAGUUAACCAUAUUUUCUAACACCUUGCCUGUUUUGUGUUAUUUUAUUAUUUUAAAAUGUUUUUUUGUGUGUGUGUGCUCUAUGAUUGUUUGUGUUUAUAGUGAAGAAUUAAACAAGUUAACUUUAAUUUUAGAUUAAUAUUAUUUUAACUUUAAUAACUGUACUAGGACUUUAUUUACCAGUAGAGGGCAGCUUUGUGCAUUCAGUGACGAGUCGGUUGCUUUUUUGAUGCACUAAACCAGGGGUGCCUAAGCCUAAGCUAUUUUUGAAAAAAUAGGCCUGUAACAGUGGUGGCUCGUGACUGCUCUUCCGAGGGGCGCAAAUUCAAAAUAUGUGUUUGUUGUGUCAUGUGAACCAUGUGCAUCAUGUGUUUUGUCAAAAUAAGUGCCUGCUGCACACGCGUCAAACCGGUUUAUAAAAGAGACGCUCACAUUCACAAGAUACAUGCAAGACACUCCCUUAAUGGUAAACUCUGAUUACUCAUGAGAUUAUGUGAGUAUCUGGCAAACGCAAGCGUCUCUUUAACCCUUUAGAUGAGUCUGCAGCAGGCAUUUAUUUUGACAAGACACGUGAUGCACAUAGGUUCACUCAAUGCACCGAACACAUAUUUUGAAAUUACGAACCACACACAUGGCGGCCUACAUACAUGUUGUGACGAACUUCGCAUCGUGUGCCCUCGAAAAAAGAAGUUACCGACCGCCAUUGGCCUAUAAUAAAUGUUUUUAAAAUGAACAUUACAACUAGACUCAUUUCAUUUACUAUUGUGUUCAUGUUAAUCCAUAUAGUUUAGAAUGUGGAUAACUCGCAUGCAUGUAGGGGAGAACCGGGGCGAAAAGUAACAAGCGAAAAGCAGGGCGAAAGUAACAAGCAAUUUUCUCAGAGCCCUGAUAACAUUUGCAUUCCAAACCAAGCCAUGACAGCACCUUUAGGACGCAACACUUGAUAGAGCUGACAAAUAUUGCUUUAUUUUGUUACGUUUUGCAUG